GACAAAAUGCAGUUCACUACUUCUUGCAUCAUCGCUGCUAGCCAGUUCCUCGUCCCUGCUCUUGGAGCACCGGUCCUCCACUCUCACCAUGCUCGCCAUGUCCGUGACUUGGUGCAGCGUGAGACCGCUUACAAACAGUAUGGCGGUGAUGGUUCUUCCGCUCAAGGAUGGCCCACCAAGGAAGACUGGGCCGACUUCGAGACCAUCUGGUCUGCCAACGAAAGGAUCAUGGGCAUCUCUUGCACCUACCACGGCCAGGAGAACGACACCCCUGAGGAGAUGGAAGACAUCAAGAGCGCCAUUCAACAGGUCGCUGGGGAGACCGACAUCGACGAGAGAAUUCUUUUGGUCACUGCCAUGCAAGAGUCAAACGGUUGCCUCCGCGUCAAGACCACUGCCAACGGCUACAGCAACCCUGGUUUGAUGCAGUCUUUCCAAGGCAAGCACAACUGCUACGGCAUUAACCCUUGCCCCAAGGAAACCAUCGUUGGUAUGAUCCAGGAUGGUGCCGGUGUCAACGGCGAUGUUGGCAUCAAACAGAACAUCGCCACGGCCGGCGGCGGUGAUGAUGCCCAAACCUACUACAAGGCUGCUCGCAUCUAUAACUCUGGCCACCUUCCCGGAACCGGAAACUUGGGUCUUGCUGAGGGUGCCACCGCCUGCUAUGUGUCUGACUACGCCAACCGUCUCAUGGGAUGGGCCGGUGACAAGACUCCUUGCACUGAUGCUGCUGCUGGCCAGGCCGGAAGCGGCCCGUCAUCCCCCACUACGACCUCCAAGCCUUCGACCACUUCCAAGGCUUCAUCCACCUCGUCUUCCAAAACUUCAGCCACUUCUUCCUCCAGGCCCACUUCCAGUGGUUCGGCUUCCCACCCAUCUGGCGUCGCAGCCCCAUCUGGCAGGCCCAUCCCUACUACCAAGCCCGCUACCAACGGCGAUGACGAGGAGGAAGAGGAGGAAGACUCCACUGUUGUUUCUCCUUCCACUCCCUCCAACUCUGCCACCCCCUCCUCCGGUGCCUCAACUGGCUGCACCAAGUGGUACACCCCCAAGGCCGGUGACUACUGCUCUUCCACUGGUGUCUCCAUGGCCACCCUCACCAAGCUCAACCCCUCAAUGGGACUCGAUGCCAAGUGCUCCAACCUCAAGGCUGGCGUCAAGUACUGCGUCGCAUAAGCGAGCCACGAUACAACAAACUUUUUCCUUUUCCUGUUUCUGAUGGACAGCAUUACAGCGGUAUAACGUGAGGCAUGCGGGUGGGCUUUCACGAGGACUUGUGAACUAUUUUCACGUUUUAUAUUUUCUCUUACUUUUUUUCGCUUCUUAGAUACCUCUUCUCUUACCAUUGUGUACAACACGUUUUUAACAAAAAAUAUCAUUGCCUAGUGCUUCCAUGGACUAAACUUUUUUCCAACUUCCUCUCCCAUGAUAGACUCCGUGUGCAGACUUUGAUAUGACUUGCUGACCAACAUAGUCCGAUGACGAGAGCUGGGCAGCUGCUGGAUUUGGAAUCUCCAAUUACGGUUCGAAAUUAGCUCUGGACACUUUACACAUUGAAGCAGCCAUUUUCAGCCCCGUGAGCUGUGGCCACUUUCAACUCCGUGCAUACAGACGGUCGGAUCUACUUGGCCCCCGAUUCCUUACAACUCUCUAGCCCCGGCGUCUCUUGAUUGUUCACACUUCAGGCCCUCCCCACGCUACCAAUGAACCAUAUUUCACCUGAUCCCCAACGGUCCAAGCUCGUUCCCGAAACGCACCAGGCUCAAUUUUGGUCCGAAAGGAGUAGAAUGUCACUCACCGGAAGGCUUUUUUUCUUUGACUCCAUUUCCACAAAUUGCCAGCAUGCCUAAAACGCGUAUAAACCAGGUCUUUUCACAUCAGCAAUGUGCAUGUGUGGAGAUAAGGUGGCCUCAUGCGAGAGAUGGAAAUCCAACGCCUGGGUACGCCCAGCGCCGUACUUGGACGGAAGGAUUCGUACGGACUUCGCGAUAUACAUGGGACAAGUGCCCCCCCGCAUUCUUCGCAUAACGUGUAGGUAACUAGGACAGGGGUGUUCAUCCCGCGUAGAUACACCUUCCAGCUGCGCAGCACUAUUCUUUUCCCUACAAAGAAGGUGGAAUGGGCAGGACUGAGAGGUGGUUUACCCCCUGUUUGCUAUGUAGUUUUGUUUUGUUCCUUCGCUUUCGCAAAGCUACCGAUUAGUGAGUGAUUGGGUGAAGGCGUUGUUUCGAACGCAAACAGAAGAUGUCAGCUUUACAGCAUUUCAUUGCGACGCCUUCUUUCGCCUGUCGUUUAUUGAUUCUUCUUCCGGCAUCACCAACAUCACACGUUAU